GUUUCACAGGCGUGCGGUAGUGCAGAGGUUUCUCCACUGAAGAGAGGUUCUGUCAGAGUGAAUUCUCUGGUGUUGCUGCUGCUGGAGUGAAUGCAUCACCGGGGAUACACUGCAGUUAACACUGCAUUGGAGAAUACUGUGGUGGUUUAUACUGAGGUUUGGAUGGCAGUGGUGCUCCCAAAGCAUCACCUUUCAACUGCAUAGUCACAUAACUGCAACAACCAGACCCUGUUUCUGAAGACCUUCACCUGGAGAGGAGAGACAGACAGACACACAGACAGACAGACAGACAGACAGACAGACAGACAGACAGACAGACAGAAGAGAAGUAAAGAAUAACUAGCAUUUCAGAGAAAGAGGAUAAACGGCAUAGAGAGAGGAUCCUUAAACAGAGCAUCUAAACUGGAAUUGACGGGGGGAGAGUGGAAGGGUACUACAGGAUGCUUCUGGGCAGCAUGAACCGUCCAGGGGUGGUCCCUGCCUUCUUCAGGACCCCCACAGUGAUCCCACCCCCACUGGACAUGAAGCAGUUCCUGCAGUUCCCCAUGGACACAGCUCCACCACAACACAGCAUGGGCCUGUUCCACAACUUCAACAGUUACUCAACAAUGGACCCGGUACAGAAGGCGGUGAUGAACCACACCUUCGGCCCCCCCAUGAUGAAGAUCAAACGACCCAUCAUCUCCUGCAAUGUCUGCCAGAUCCGCUUCAACUCAGAAAGUCAGGCAGAGGCCCACUAUAAAGGGAACCGCCACGCUCGGAGGGUAAAAGGCAUUGAGACCUCCAAGACUCGCCCCCAGGAGGGUGACAAGCUGCCCACUCUCCCCAACGCCGCCCCCUCUCCACCAGGCCCCUCACCAUCCAGCCCAGGCCCUGACCCUAGCAAACAGGAUGACGUCCAGUCCCGCCCACAUUCAAACGGCUCAGACAUGACACCCAGCCCCAUCCCCAUGUCGGUCCAAGACACCCCCCUGCUCCCUGUGUGUCCAUCCCUGCCCCCUUUGAGUACACCUAUGCCCACCACCUCCAUCCCCUCCCUGGCCCUUUGUGCCCCACAGGUGGACACCCCCAUGGCGUGCCCCCCUGACACCCUGUCCCCAGCCCCCAGCCUCUUUUCAGGGGAGUCUGAGGAGGACAAGGCCAAAAAGCUGCUCUACUGCUCACUGUGCAAAGUGGCCGUCAACUCCCUCUCUCAGCUAGAGGCGCACAACAAAGGUACCAAACACAAAACCAUCCUGGAGGCAUGGAGUGGGCUGGGCCCCAUAAAAACAUACCCUCGGCUGGGCCCUAACCUCAGCCCAGAGCAGGCAGGGGGGCUACCCUCGGACCACAACACUCAGGAACGCACCUUCCACUGUGAGAUCUGCAACGUGAGGGUGAACUCUGAGCUACAGCUCAAACAGCAUAUAUCCAGUCGAAGGCAUCGGGAUGGAGUCGCAGGGAAGCCCAAUCCCCUCCUUAGCCGGCAUAAGAAUCGUACAGACUUUGUGUCAUCCUUGACCUUCUCAAAGGAACUUCCAAAGACUCUGGGCCAUGGACUGUUUCCUAACCCCCUGGCUGUUGCCGCGGUGAUGGCAGCCGCUGCCUCCUCCAAUCAACUGGCUCAGCUGCGUGCCCCUGGUCCCAUUUCUCACACUCAGAACUACCAUCCCCACCACCACCUCUUACAGGGCACACUACAAGGCACGCAUCUCAGCCUCCUACGGCCCGCCCCUGGGCCUAUGCGCACCACCCAUGGGCCAAUCCUCUUCUCCCCUUAUUGACGGUGGUGGGAUGGGGGACUAUCAGGAAGGAGCACACUGUGAAGUAAAGAGGGAAAACCAUUGAUAGAUAAUAAACAGAUGUUAAAACUUAAAUAUUUGAAAUAGGAAAGACUAUGCCUUUUCCUCUCUACCCUUCCACCCUUCUUUGUUUAAUAAAUUCCACAGCAAAGGAUGGACAGCUUGCAGCCAUUUUAAAGAGGAAGGAUGCAUGACAGACUAAGAUGGACUUUCUGUCAACGCUUUCCCUCCGUUAACCCUCCUCCAACCUUCAGUUAAAAAUAUUUGUAUAGGUCAAACGUGUACCCUGGCUGAGGGUGACUCAGUAAACUGAGCUCUGUUCUAUUUCCUCCACAUUUCUGUAUGUCUGGUUCAGUGAACUCCCACGCAAAGCCAUCUGCAAUAUAAGUUUCAUACUGCAAAACCCUGUUGGGAUGUUCAAUAAUCCAAGUGCAGUACCUACCUACAGGUGUAGGAUCUCAAUUUAAUCAACCUGUUGCAGAAAACUUGUAGUGUAUUUGAGUUCUAAAAAGGCCUAUGAAAUUUGUAAUUUCCACUUUGAAAUUUCAGACUUGACUUUCCCUUAUUAAAAAUGGAUCAACCCCCACAAAAAUGUCCAUUAAUUAUAAUCCACAUAAUAAUUCACAUUUCCUGCUGUAGCAAACUGGAUAAAAUUAAGAUCCUACAUCUAUACCCCACUCUGCAGUUCCAGGUUCUAGAUUAGGUGCCUGCUCUGCAGAUCCAGGCACAAGGUACAUUGUACUGUAUGUUUCCAGGUUCUAGUUAUAUGUUCUCGUGUGGUGUUGUGGAUAAUAGAUGUUAGUCUAUAUAUCCUCUGUUGUCAGGUCAGGUGAGAGAGAGAGAGAAGUGAAGGAAGCAAGGAAAGGAGAGAGAAACCCCACUGUAACUCAAGGCAGAAAUGUGUACUGAAUGCACCAAGGUAGAGCUAAACGUUUUUAAGAAAUCUGAAUAAGAUAUUUUAAGAAAUGUGAAUGAAUGCAAUGAAAAAUGAUGGACUUGUGAUAUACCAUUUAUUUAACUGUUGUUUUCUUGGCAGACCUCCUCUUUCAGUCUUAUUGUCUGUAAGAAGUCAGAGAGAAAGGGAGAGUGGGACAUGUGCCUAAGAGACUGGCCAAGAUGAAACUGUUACGAGAAGUCAAUUGGUUCCUUUGAGCAUUCUUCCAGUUUCUGCCCUUGUCUUAUAUUUUUGUAUGGCUGGUGUCAAAGUGUUGUGUUUCUGUGUGUGUGCGUAUGUGUGUAUUCUGGAGAUAGGUAGAGAUAGAUGAGGCACGCAACUAUGCCUCAAUGGUGACCCCUUUCAUUCAAACUGGAAACUACUCAGCGAGACAGCUAAUUUUAGAACAUUUACUCAAAACUUAAGUAUGUCUGCACUGUCCCAACAAAGUGUGGUAUUAUGGUGUUAAAGGAAUUGUUUCUACACUGUUAACAACAGGGGGAGCCUUAGGGCUAUCUGAUGGCACCAGCCUCUUCUAGUGAGAACACAAGGGAGGUGGGUUUUCCCUUCCAGGAGCGAUUGCUGACCUGUGAUCCUAUACCCAGAUGGUAGCAUGUUGAGUGUGGUGUGAGUGAGAAACACUGUGAUGGAUGUUUGAAGUGAAAAAGUAGGACAAGUUUGUUACAGUUCACAAAGGGGAAAUUAAUAAGAACCAUGAACCUGUAUUUUCUCUCACAUGCUCAUCACAAGCAGCGAUGUGAGGGAUAGUAGUAUAAUAUGAGAAAUCAAGCCGAAAUUUCCUCCAGAGUAAUGAAAUUAAUAAUAUAUUUCCACUUUAAGAGGAGACCGUUGUCCUAUUCUGCCUCAUGUACACUACCGGUCAACAUUGUAGAACACCAACUAAUUUAAGAGAUUUUCUUUAUUUUUACAUUGUAGAAUAAUAGUGAAGACAUCAAAACUAUGAAAUAACACAUAUGGAAUCAUGUAGUAACCAAAAGUGUUAAACAAUUCUGAGAUUCUUCAAAUUGCUACCCUUUGCCUUGAUGACAGAUUUGCACACUCUUGACAUUCUUGGCAGAUUUGCACACUCUUGGGGCGGCAGGUAGCCAAGUGGUUAGAGCAUUGGGCUUAUAAUUGAAAGGUUGCUAGAUCAAAUCCCUGAGCUGACAAGGUAACAAUCUGUUGUUCUGCCCCUGAACAAGGCAGUUAACCCACUGUUCCUUGGCCAUCAUUAUAAAUAAGAAUUUGUUCUUAACUGACUUGUCUAGCUAAAUAAAAAAUAUAAUCCUCUCAACCAACUUUUCCAACAGUCUUGAAGGAGUUCCCACAUAUGCUGAGCACUUGUUGGAUGCUUUUCCUUCACUCUGCGGUCCAACUCAUCCCAAACCAUCUCAAUUGGGUUGAGGUCGGGUGAUUGCCCACGUCAUCUGAUGCAGCACUUCAUCACUCUCCUUCUUGGUAAAAUAGCUCUUACACAGCCUGGAGGUAUGUUAGGUCAGAGUCCUGUUGAAAACAAAUGAUAGUCCCACUAAGCCCAAACAAGAUGGGAUGGCGUAUCGCUGCAGAAUACUGUGGUAGCCAUGCUUGUUAAGUGUGCCUUGAAUUCUAAAUAAAUCACAGACAGUGUCACCAGCAAAGCACCCCCACACCAUAACACCUCCUCCUCCAUGCUUUAUGGUGGGAAAUACACAUGCAGAGACCAUCUGUUCACCCACACAGCGUCUCACAAAGACACAGCAGUUGGAACCAAAAAUCUCCAAUUUUGACUGCAGACCAAAGGACAAAUGUCCACUGUUAGUGUUUGUUGGCCCAAGAAAGUAUCUUCUUCUUAUUGGUGUCCUUUAGUAGUUGUUUCUUUGCUGCAAUUCGACCAGGAAGGCCUGAUUCACACAAUCUCCUCUGAACAGUUGAUGUUGAGAUGUGUCUGUUACUUGAACUCUGUGAAGCAUUUAUUUGGGCUGCAAUUUCUGAGGCUGGUAACUCUAAUGAAUUUAUCCCCUGCAGUAGAGGUAACUCUGGGUCUUCCAUUCCUGUGGCAGUCCUCAUGAGAGCCAGUUUCAUCAUAGCGCAUGAUGGUUUUUGCAACUGCACUUGAAGACACUUUCAAAGUUUUUGAAAUGUUCCGUAUUGUCUUAAAAUAAUGAUGGACUGUUGUUUCUCUUUGCUUAUUUGAGCUGUUCUUGCCAUAAUAUGAACUUGGUCUUUUACCAAAUAGGGCUAUCUUCUGUCUACCACCCCUACCUUGUCCCAACACAACUGAUUGGCUCAAACGUAUUAAGAAGGAAAGAAAUUCCACAAAUUAACAAGGCACACCUGUUAAUUGAAAUGCAUUCCACCUCAUGAAGCUGGUUGAGAGAAUGCCAAGAGUGUGCAAAGCUGUCAUCAAGGCAAAGGGUGGCUACUUUGAAGAAUCUGAAAUAUAAACAAAUCAAAAUAUAUUUUAACACUUUUUUUGGUUACUACAUGAUUCCAUAUGUGUUAUUUCAUAGUUUGGAUGUCUUCACUAUUAUUCUACAACGUAGAAAAUAGUUUUAAAAAAUAGGAAAAACCCUUGAAUGAGUAGGUGUUCUAAAACAUUUAACCGGUAGUGUAUUCAUAGCCAACCUCACACUAACCCAUACAAAUGAGCAGGUUUGGGUUGGAGCCUGUUGCUCCUGUAAAGCCACCAAACUAUUUUCUUCUCAUACAGUAUUAGAAGGUUAAAAGGACUGAGAAAUUGUAGCAAUACUUACAGCACUCCUGCUAACGACUCUUGUUCAUUGCAAUAAAUAAAUAAAUGAUGUGUACAAAUAUAUUAAAUGUUAUUUCGGAGAUAAUAUUGAAUCAUUAUAGACUGUUUUAGCGAUGUUGGCAAAAGAGCUUCCUUAUUGUUGAAUAAACAAACAGAAGAUGAAUAAAUUAUUUACAAAAUGA